AUGAGAAAGGUGGUGGCUUCCAAUAUAAUCAACUCCAAAACACUUCACUGGCUACUUAAUAAAUGGACGGAAGAAGCCGACAAUCUUGUUCGGUUCGUUUGUAACCAGUUCACUUCACUUUGGAGCUUACUCAAUCAUAUUUAUGCAUUUGCUGUGUCGGAUUACAUCCCAUGCUUAAGAGCGCUAGACUUAGAUGGUCAUGAGAAGAUAGUGAGUGAGGCUAUGAGAAUUGUUAGCAGCUAUGAAGAACCGAUCAUCGAUGAGAGAGGCGAGCAAUGGAGUGAUGGGAAGAAGAAGGAGGCUGAGGACUUGCUUGACACUUUCAUUUUGGCAAAGAAUUCCAACGGGGAACUAGCUCUAUCAGUAGAGGAGAUCAAAGCUCAAAUCAUGGCAAUUUUGCAUUUUCUCCUCUCUCAUUCUUUUUCGAGAACCAAACAGAAAGCCAGCAACAAACCAGAAACGGGACGACAAGAAAAGUUGGGUAUUUUAAUAACAGCCAUAGUAACCUCAACCCGUAUAACUGCCAGAACCCAACGGCUGGCCUGA